AUGUCAGUUUCAAGUUUACCAAAACGAGGAAUUAACAAGCUAAUAACUAUACCUUUAAAAAUGUGUUGCCCAUCCCAAUGUGCAUGCAAAUCUAAUUAAAUAAGAACUUGGUAUCAUAUAAAAUGUGGAGCACCUCGGCUCCUGACCGAGUAGGGUGAUGUCAUCUGUAACUGUUAAGUUGAAUUCAUUCAGGAUGUUAUCUUUUAAUGUGAUAAGGCAAAAUAAUCUAAUACUUGGUAUCAGCAUAAAUCUAUGUCAACAAUUUUUAUUGCAAUUACAUAAUCCCUGUAGGCUGCAGAAUUGGUUUUGGGAAAUGAUGAUUUGUAGAAAUUUUCAUAAAAUUUAAUGACUUUUAUUGUAAAAAGAUGGAAGAGUUGA